CUGCCACGUCAUACUGGAGUGCUGUCAGAGAGAAGGAGAGGAGGAACAUUUAUGCUGUUAUGAUCAACGAUGUAAAACUAGUGAGAAACUCAAGAGCUCAUUCAUUUGAUUCGGAGGCAUAUCGUUCACGUGUCCUUUUAUUGAUGUCACUAGUGUGAGAGAUGCUGCUGGAUGAGAAGCCUCUCUUUGAGCCGUCCUUGCUCCAGGAACUGGACUGGAGCAGCAACACGGUGUCCUUCUCUCCCCCCAUCUCCCCCUCCCAGCCUGGGGAGAGUCUGCAUCUCCGGCCCCUCUGCACAGCCGACAUCAACAAAGGAUUCUGUAAGGUUCUGUCCCAGCUCACCCAGGUGGGAGAUGUCACACCAGAGCAGUUCAUCAAGAACUUUGAGCACAUGAAGAAAACUGGGGACUACUAUGUCGUCGUGGUGGAGGACACCAGUCUGCGGCAGAUUGUCGCCACGGCUACGUUAAUCACUGAGCACAAAUUCAUCCAUUCGUGUGCCAAAAGAGGAAGGGUGGAAGAGGUGGUUGUGAGUGACGUCUGCAGGGGAAAACAGCUGGGGAAACUCUUGGUGUCGACUCUGACUCUUCUCAGCAAGAAGUUGGAAUGUUACAAAAUAACACUGGAAUGUGCCCCCAACAAUGUAGCUUUUUACCAAAAGUUUGGCUACUCUGCCUCGAAUGAGACCUACAUGCAGUGUCGGUUCCAUGAAUGAGGUCCAGACCCAGUCCCCCCUGUGGGAUUCGACCCUGAGACCCCCGGGGUCCACUCAGCGAUGCCGUCUUCUCCCUCUGGGACCAAUGCUACCUCACCUGGGAGAUCUUCCACCACGGCAAUGUCUAGCAACAGGAACAGGUGUCGAUGUUGUCCAGAACAUUAGGACUACAGAGUGUGCAAUCACAUGCAAUUGUCGCUUGAGGUGUCGAGAAGCACAUUCUAAGGAAUGCAUGGGAGAAAUCUUUUUUUUUUUUUUCAUCCUAAAGGUUUUUGUUUAUUUGCAUAAGUGAGACUUAAUUCAGAAUCAGAAUUUUGUUCUUAAUAUUCUAUAUAUGUAUUUAUUUAGGGGAAGGUUUCUCUUUAUUGGGAAAUAAUGUUUUGAAUUCCUCAAGACUGAUCCAGAGGCUGGUUGGGACACUAUGUAGGAGGGUUACUUUGGCAACGCUGGACAAUGCUGUAUUUAUUGGUCUAGGCUAAUUUAUUAUGUUACCAAUAUACCAUGGCUAUAGCAUCUUUAUUGAGAUUUUUCAUUAUUUCAUUUUUGGCAUUUUGGUCAGAAGAAUAACCAUGUAAAUGUUGGUCUCGAGGCAGAUAAUACAUUCAUAAAAUAAUGCUUAUUUAUUUAGCUUUGAUUAUUGGUCACUAUUCUUGGAAAUUUGGGGACAUUUGUAUUUUCUUAUUAAGAGGAACAAAAAACAGAAUGGUUAAAACAAAUAAAGUUGUAUAUGUUCAAUCCAA